AUGAGUGAAAGUCCUUUUGGCGGCGGUGGUGGUCAUUCCGAGAACGGCACAGAGACCACGGUGCCGCCUCCCAGUCCCAGUCUGCCCAUUGUGUACACCGCUCUGGAGGCUGCUGUGGCGGUGUGUGCCGUUUUCGGCAACCUCCUCGUCAUUGUCGUCUUCCUGCAGGACCGUCGCCUUCGCAAAGUCACCAACUUCUACAUAAUCAGCCUCUCAGUGGCGGACUUUCUGGUUGGCGCUAUAGGUAUCCCCUCUGCCAUUCUCACCCGGAUUGGAAUACCGCGCAACUCUAUCCGCCUUUGCCUCACCAUGCUCAGUCUUCUCGUUGUUCUCUGCACCAUCUCCAUAUUAAACCUGGUCGCCGUGUCGCUGGAUCGUUACUGGGCAAUACUGCACCCACUGGACUACCAUAAAAGAAUAUCAGGUAAAAUAGGAAAAUAA